AUGAGUAAAACACCCCCUAAUAGAAGAGGGAUCACCUUUGAGGUGGGAGCACAGCUUGAAGCUCGAGACAGUCUGAAAAACUGGUAUGCUGCUAAUAUUGAGAAGAUAGACUAUGACGAUGAAAAAGUUUUAAUUCACUACCGCCAGUGGAGCCAUCGCUAUGAUGAAUGGUUUGACUGGGCCAGCCCAUACCUUAGACCUGUGGAGAGGAUUCAGCUUAGGAGAGAAGGACUACAGGAGGACAGUCAUAUCCCAGGGUUUCAUGUGAAUGACAAGGUUCUUGCCAGCUGGUCUGACUGUCGUUUCUAUCCUGCAAAAGUCUUGGCUGUCCAUAAAGAUGCCUCGUAUACUGUGAAGUUUUAUGACGGAGUCAUACAGACUGUAAAAGGAAUCCAUGUCAAACCCUUUAUCAGAGAGAGACAAAGACAGAAAUCUCAAUCAUCAGACAAAACUACAGAGAGGCAUUCGGCCAGAGGAAUCCAGAGGGUGAGAGACAGGAGAGCGCAGGAGAACGGUGGCUGCAAAAGCAAACGAGUCUCACGCAACACUUCAGACGAAGAGUUCUGUACCGAUACCGAGGAAGAGGAUGACGAAGAGGACGCUGACUCUGACGAGUGGGAUGUAGAACAUGCGAAUGAGGAAAGCCACGCUAAGAUGGACGUCCAUUCGGAGGGAGCAGAAGAUGAUGGAAAAAAGAAAACAAUAGAAGGAAGAAAAGCACAGAAGAGAAAGCAUGAGGAGCAGAGUGUUUGCAUCAAAACGGAAAGUGAAAGGGCGGACGAAGGAGAAAUAAACAAGGAAACAGCAGAAAAGCACAGCUGCGAUAGAUCUUUUUGCACAGAGAAUCGUGAGUUAGCGGUAGAGGAUGGGUUUAAACGGGCUGAAGUCAUGCAACACAGCGCGAGUAUGAAUGAGGAUGAGCGGGAAAAGCUCAGUGAGGUGAAAAAAGAGACCGAGGCCACUCAUUUGGAAGGACAUGUGCAAUCAAAAGAAGAAGAAGGAGAAGAGGAGGAGGAGGUGGACAGUCAGGGGCUUCCUCAGACCAAGAGGGCGCGAGAAGAUAAACAUUCACCUGAUGAGUCCAAGCCUUCCACCGAACUGGCCAACCACACAGUCACUGAGGUUGUUCCAGAGUCUGUGCCCACACCCUCAGAACAGGCUGCUGGUGAUCACAAGACUGAAGACAAAUCAGAUGAUUCUAAAGCUGUUGGAGAGACAAACCCAGCUCCCCCAGUAAAGUCUGUGAGAAAACAGGGUUUCCACAACCCUAAUCGCUUCAGCAGGGAGCCAUUGUACAGAGUCAUCAAAAACCAGCCACCCCCUGUUCUCUCCAUCAACUUGGACCAUAACCCAUUCAAGUGCAGCGCUCCUGGGUGUCCUAAGUCUUUUCGCAAAGCAAAACUCCUGCACUACCACAUGAAAUAUUACCAUGGAGACGACCGACCAAUAGAUGAGGAUCUCAGCCCCACCAGAAGAGUUCAAACUCGGACGACAGACAAACAGGCUACCGUCAGCAACAGAGAGAGUCCCAAGAGGAGACGCACUAUAUCAGCCUCAAUGUACUCCACCUUACACAGUCCCAUCCAAACUCCCACCUCUCCCAGGGUGGACGGAAAGGCCAGUAUUCAGCUGACCGAAAAGAGGCGCACGUCGGCACCACCUAUAGUUAACGUGCAGAAUUUCCAGCAGCGGCCCUCGUUGAAGGAGAGGAGCAAGGAGAACCAGCUGGACAGAAACGGCCGAAGAACAAUAGACCGAGAGAAAGAGAAGAGCGCUGCUGAUAUGGGUGAGCGAGACAGGCUGAAAGACAAGAGAACAAAGGACUUUCUCCACAUUAAACUGAAGAAAAUGAAAAAGAAGAAGAAGUCCAAGUCAGAGUACACAGGUAGUGAGGAGAAUAUUGGCAUCUCAAUAUUGGCGUCUCAGCCCAAAUUGAAUUUGCACCUCAAAUUGCCCCUUUCACACAAACACACGCCUGAGGCGUACCACUGCAGACCCGGACACAGACAGUCAGAGCAGAGAUGUGUUGAUGACGAGGAUAGUUUAUCUGAUUGGUCCAGUGACAGUUGUGGGUGGAGCGAGGACGAAUCAGGAACUGACCUAGACACAACUCAGCCCCUGGGCUACAGCGCUCGACGAGGACAGGAGAUUAUACGCUGUGUAUGUGAAGUAGAGGAGGAGAACGACUUCAUGAUACAGUGCGAGGAGUGUCUGUGCUGGCAGCAUGGUACUUGUAUGGGCCUCCUGGAGGACAGCAUCCCAGACAGAUACACCUGCUACAUCUGCAGAGAUCCACCAGGUCAGAGGCAGAGCCUGCGGUACUGGUACGAUCGAGACUGGUUGAGUAGCGGGCAUAUGUAUGGUCUGUCUUUCCUGGAGGAGAAUUACUCCCAUCAGAAUGCCAAGAAGAUCACAGCCACUCACCAGCUACUGGGCGAUGUCCACCGUGUGGUGGAGGUGCUCAAUGGCCUACAGCUCAAGAUGAACGUCCUUCAGACCCAGACCCACCCGGACCUGAAGUUAUGGUGCCAGCCGUGGAAAAGGCUGGAGAAGCCUGUGAAAAAAUCUAGUUCUGGAACAGAACUGGUACGCUCUCCAGCAUCCAUAGAUGAGGGCCACAACAGGCAGGAUAGCCCCGUAGGCCUCAACCACAGUACGGAAGACCGACUCAGCCGAGCCCCUUCAUCCUCUUCAUCAUUCCAUGAGUCGUACAUCAGCAGUGAGCAUUGUUACCAGAAGCCCCGGGCUUACUACCCUGCUCUGGAGCAGCGGCUAGUGGUGGAGACAAGGCGUAGCUCGGAGUUGGAGGACAACCUACGGAGCACCGAGGACCUGCUGGAGUACGAGCAACGUUGUGGGGGACAGCUCCAUCCCGAUUCAGCCAAGAUUCCCUCCUCUCACCACGGUCGUGGAAGCAGGUCAGAAUGGGCGACACUGGGUAAACUGGGGGAGGUGGUGUCUGCGGGUGGCAAUAAGGAGGCCAGGGACACAGCUCAGCAGCAGCAGCAGUGGCAAAUCAACCUGCUGGACCACAUUGAAGCUGUUCAGGAGGAGGUCACACACAGGAUGGAUUUCAUCGAGAAAGAGCUGGAUGUGCUUGAGAGCUGGCUGGACUACACAGGUGAGCUGGAACCUCCAGAGCCCUUAGCCCGCCUGCCUCAGCUCAAACUGCGCAUCAAACAGCUGCUGACAGAACUGGGCAAGGUGCAACAGAUUGCCCUCUCAUGUUCCACAUGA